AUGGCUCAAUUAAAUCUACCACUUCGUAUAAUUGCUCAACCGAAGGCAUCAUCUCGCGAGAGAUAUUUAUGUGAAAUGGAUCGUAGUCGUAAUCGAUCACAUCGUUUUAUUCGUGCUGAAAGCAAUCCAAAUCAUUUGAACUAUCCUACAAUUGAAAUACCAAAACAAUGGGAUAGUGAAAACUUAUUUAUUCGUGUCACAUUAGUAACUGUAUGCAGCGAACAAGUGCCUGUGGUGUGCGUACAUCCUUAUCCAAUCAGUACUUCAGAACCAAAUGUUAUAGAAGACGCAAGAAGAAAUACUCUUUAUUUUCCAAUAUCCAAAGAAGAAUUAAAUGAUGGUUACAAGAGUUUUCAAAUUAUUCGUAGAAAAUUAACCUAUUAUGAAUUAAGAAAUUACGGAGAAUUUUCUCUUUUGAAUACAGAUGAAAAAGAUAUUCUACGUACAAAUGAUAUACAUGAUGCUCGAAAAGUAAUUGAUGUUUAUCAAUUAGGGAAAUCUCAAUUACUAUUUUCGAUAGCUGAAAAAUCUAAUGAUGAUCUAUUACCUGGUAUCUAUGACGAAACAUCUGUAUAUUCUCAUAUAAUGACUGCUACUACAGCAACACCUACGAAUAAUGACGAAUCGUUAGUUAGAUUUGUACCUAAGAAAGGAUGUUGGUUCGGCGGUGAUGAUAUUUUAAUGGUUAUUCCAAAACUUGAUAAGAGAAAAGUAUGUCAAGUAUGUUUUGAAUGCCCGUCAUCAAAUGAAAAAAGUUGGGUUCAUUUCGAAUUUGUGGAUAUGAAAACAAUUGCAUUCACAACUCCACCAUGUCCUACACAAGACAUUGGAAAUCAAAAUAUAGAAAUUCCAAUAGUUAUUAGUCAAAGUGGUGAAGAAAUUGCACGUGUUAAUUUUCUCUAUCAAUCACGUAAAUAA